UGAGCUGCACUUUGGAAAGCACAACGAGCUGCACAUCAGCAGAGAGAACCUGGAGGUGUGUGUGUGUGUGUGUGUGUGUGUGUGUGUGUGUGUGUGGUUGCCCACUGUGGUGUGCUGCAGUCCGCUUCCCUGCCGCUGUUGAGUAAAGUACAUGGACAUUAGCGGGCGCAGCGGCACAACCACCGAGCCGGAGUGGAUUAAAACAGUGUGCGUGUGCGGAGAGCCACUCGAUAAACGACUGUGUAACCAAUUGCGAAACCCCGGUGUGUAACAGCAAGUCCGCUACACCAGUUUGCAGCUGCGAAACAGCAAAAGGAAAAAAAGAAAGAAAAAAGGCUCUUGGUUGAACUCAAGAGGUGCCGUGCAUUGUGUGUCAGGCAGGGAGAGCUCGGCGGGAAUGGCUUCAUCUCCGUGCGGCAACAGUAACUUUGAUUCCGGUCUGGAAAUCAAAACUCGCUCGGUGGAGCAGACGCUUAUUCCUUUAGUAUCGCAGAUCACCACUCUGAUCAACCAUAAAGACAAGCCAAAGAAGUCAGAGCGCACCCUGGCAGCCAUACACAGGGUGGGCCAGGCAGUGAGUGUGGCUGUGGGGCGUUUUGUUGCUGUCGGGGAGGCCAUCGCCACAGAAAACCAUGAGCUGAAGAAUGAGAUGGGUCAAGCCUGCUUCGAGGCACGCAGAGCAGGUGAUGCCAUAGCCCAGCUGACAGAUGUGGGAUCAGCUUUGCCGACCCCGUCAGACGGACGUAUCACAGUGUUCAGCGAUAGGACAGGGAUGGUGAAAGCUGCCCGCUUGCUGCUCUCCUCAGUCACCAAGGUCCUGGUCUUAGCUGAUCGCAUCGUCAUCAAACAGAUAAUAACAUCACGCAACAAGGUCCUGGUUACCCUCGACCAUCUGGAAAGAGUCAGCACCUUCCAGGAAUUUGUUCAGAUUUUCAGCCAGUUUGGCAAUGAGAUGGUGGAGUUUGCUCACCUCACUGGAGACCGACAGAACGACUUGAAGGAUGAGAAGAAGAAAGCGCGGAUGGCAGCAGCCAGAGCAGUGCUGGAGAAAUGCACCAUGAUGCUCCUCACAGCCUCCAAGACUUGCCUGAGGCAUCCAGAUUGUGAGUCGGCACGGAUCAACAAAGACGCCGUGUUCCAUCGAAUGCGCUGUGCCCUGGAGCAGGUCAUCGAGAUAGUCACUGAGGCACGGAGCUGCGGGGAGAACAAGAUCCUUCCUGCCAGCAUCUAUGACGGCAUCAAGGACUUUAAGUCCAGUGUGGAGUGCCUGCGGGAGAACCUGUACUCCUUGUCACCCCAGAGCAUGAGCAACCAGUUGGAGGCACUCGUGGAGAGGACAGAGGACUUCACUGAUUCGGCCUACACCAGCCAUGAGCAGCGGCAGGCCAUCCUCGGUCUGUGCCAGCUGGCACGCCAGGACACUCAGCAGCUGGUGCACGCCUGGGUUGAGGCGCAGUCUAUCCACGCCAAAGAGGCCACAGAGGACAUGGAGGUGGCCAUCCUGAAGACGUGCCAGAGCGUCAACGACCUCAGGCGAGAGCUCCAUAAGGUUGCAGUCGGCCGUGCCUCAGACUUGCUGAAAGUUCACGGGGAGACGUUGCCUUUACGGGCUCUCAAAGCUGCAGGCGCCGAGGGGAACCUGGAGGCAGUGGCAGAGUAUUCACGCACGCUUACCGAGCAGAAGGAGCAGCUGGUGGAGACGUGCCGGCUGCUGUGCCACGUGUCUGGGUCAGAGCCUCUGGAGAUCACCUGUAUACAUGCUGAGGAGACCUUCCAUGUCAUUGGUCCACAGAUCAUCUCGGCAGCGCAGACGCUUGCCCUCCACCCGUCCAGUAAGAUCGCCAAGGAGAACCUGGAGGUGUUCUGUGAGGCCUGGGAGUCGCAGCUCUGCGACAUGGCCCUGCUGCUGAGAGAGAUCAAUGACGUGUUUGAAGGCAGACGAGGAGACAAAAGACCUUAUUUGUCGCUUCCCAGACCUGGAAAACACUCACUCACUAACUUGAAGACUGCCAAGGCUGUCAAGUUGGAUGCAGAGGAGCAGACGAGCAUUGCCAAGCUGGGUCUGGAGCUUCGUCUGCUGUCGUCAGACGUGGACACAGAGGUGGAGAAAUGGGAGGAGCAGGAGCACGACAUUGUCCGACAGAGUCAGAGCCUGGCCAGUAUGGCCUACAACAUGCACCUGUUUACCAGAGGGGAGGGACUGCUGAAAACAACACUAGAUCUUUUUCAUCAAGCAGAGGUUCUUUCUGAAGAGGGGCUCCAACUGUGCUCAUUUCUCCGCAUUUUUUCCACCCAGCUGGUUGAUGAGGAAAAGUCUUUGGUGGUGACAGAGAUGGAGAAACUGGUGGCAUUGUGCCAACAGCUGCAGAUGGGGGCCAAGACUCCCAUACAAGGCAAGACUGCCACCUUCCAGAAGGUGGAUUCAUCCAUUCAGACAACUAAAGGUAUCUUGACUGUGGUCCUCUCCCUCCUCCCAUUCUGCAACAAGCUCAACAGAAAGUACAAGUCUGAGAGGAGUAGCCUGGGUUCCCCACAGGACUGGAGAGAGAGGCAGGAUGCAUCCACACCUGUCAAAGAGGAAGGAGCUCUCAACAGCAAGAAUAGCAACGGCUUUGGUGUCAAAUCUUUGGAGCAGCACAUGGCCGGUCUCAACCUCCUAGAGAGCAAAUAAUCCAGGAAAUAGUCACCUCCCUUUUCCACUAUUCUCCCUUGGAGCAGCACAUAGCCAACCUCACCUUUUUCUGGAGGACGUGUAAUCCAGAAAAUACUUCACGCCCCUCAUCCACAUGCACCCACCAGAGGGUGGGCUAGAAUCAUGGGGUGAAGAUGGUUGCCUGGGUCAGUCAGAGUUUUGUAUUUGCUGUUUUGGAUGAUAAAUUGUUGAGGUUUACAGAGGAAAAAGCAGAUCCAAGCUCUCUGUGCCCCAAGGUAGCUUGUUCCCUGAAGCACCAGUUCCAUUCCAGUCCACAAGAUGGAGACAAUCAGCCAAUACUAUGACUUUGCCAUUUGCAGUGAGCCUCUGUAAAGAGCGAGAGGGGCCUGACACAAACCUGAUUUCAGAGUCACUUUUAUCACUGAUCUGGAUGUUGAGUUGAUAAACUGCUCAGAAAUCAGGAAAGAGCUCCUGCUGAUGCUCAGCCAUACAUCUGUCUUCACUACGUGCCUCUGUGUAACAAGCCUAAUUGCUUUGUGGUGUUCUGUAAACGUGUCGCACGUUAAGCCUAAUGAAAAAAAGAAAACGACACAGUGAAAUGGCUGAAAACUCACCAUGCAUGAAGCCAUCAUCGCCAAAACCUUGUGUUUGUUUAUGGUCAAUGUGUCAUAGGUUUGUAUUGUUAACACUGUAAUAUUAUCCAUAGUGGUACAUCCUGUCUUUGAUCACUGGCAUUGCAGUUAGCAUCUCACUUGGAUAAAGAAGUAUUUUAAAAAGACAACCAUGACAUAUGAUUAAUAUCUAAUUCCCAUACAGUUUGCUAUGGAGUGUUGUCUCAUGUGCCAUGUUAGUUAACAGAAUGCAAAAAUCAUGAUGAUUUAAUGCCAAAUAUGAUUGUCCUCAUGAAGAUGCUGUCAUCUUCUUCUUGCUACUUGUAUAAAAUUAUAAAGCUCUUAAUCCCUUCAGUGUACAAAACUGGAGAUUUUUAUUUGGGCCUGGUUCCACUGAAAAGUCAGAUAAAGCUCAUCGCUAUGCUUUUGGGAUGUCAGGACCUCACUUUAUACUGUCCGAGGUAUUAUUAAAUCAUUCUCUGUAUACGGUUAUACAUUUUCUCACAAAUGAAAUGAAACUGAAUUCUGAACUGGCACCAAAUGGAGCCUUGAAGUGUACUUGUUAUGAAGACUAUCAUUGUGAAGCUGCCUAGUAGGCCAGUAUGUAUUAAAUGGUAUAUGGUAUCUAUAAAAUGGUACUUGAAGCAUAGACAUAUAUAUAUAUAUAAACAGUAUAUACAGUAAGUAUCCUGAGGUAAUGACUUUGGUACUAACUCGGUGAGGGUGUGAUAAUGACUGAAAUGAAUUAAGCUUUAGAGACGCUUUGUACAGUCAGAGCAGCUAAGGAUGCUGGGUAUUAUAGUGGCGCUACAGAUGUGAAGAAAUCAGAUCUAGUUUUGGACCAUGUAUUCUUUUGACAACUGAAAGGUUAAAAGUGACACAUAAAAAUAAACAAUAUUUUUUCUUAAA